AUGUCAGAGAAAGUCGAGAAAUCAUUAAGCCCGGUCCCUUCACAUGAGGCCUCCAAAGAGGGUCAGAUGCUGGAUGCCCAGCAUGAUCCCAUCUUUGGAGAGAUCACCGAAGAAGGCCCCAACUACCGCAGCGUAGGAUGGCUGGGCACAGCUGUCUUGAUGAUGAAGACGCAAAUCGGUCUGGGAGUUCUUUCGAUUCCUGUCGCGUUCAAUCAUCUAGGCAUAGUUCCCGGUGUGAUCGUUCUGAUCGUGAUUGCUGGCAUCACCACGUGGUCCGAUUACAUUAUUGGUGUCUUCAAACUGCGACAUCGCGAGGUCUACGGUAUUGACGAUGCGGGAGAAAAGCUCCUGGGCCGCACCGGAAGAGUUCUCCUCGGUGGCGCCUUUGUACUUUGGUGGGUCUUUGUGGCCGGCUCGGGCAUGCUGGGUCUCUCCAUCGGUUUGAAUGCGGUUUCCGACCAUGCCGUCUGCACAGCCGUCUAUGUCGCCGUCGCGGCCAUCUUGGCAUGCAUCCUCGGAAGCAUCCAAACCCUAGGCCGCCUCUCGUGGUUGGCCUGGAUUGGUCUAUUCUCUAUCCUAACAUCAAUUCUGAUCGUGACCAUCGCUGUCGGCGUCCAAGAUCGCCCAUCCGCCGCACCCAAAGAUGCCGUCUGGGUUCCCGACUACAAAAUCGUCGGAAGCCCUAACUUCGUCGAUGCCAUCACCUCCGUCUGCACGAUCGUCUUCGCCUACGCCGGCACUCCCGCCUUCUUCUCCAUCGCAGCAGAGAUGCGCGAGCCCCGCCACUUCAACCGAUCCCUCUACCUCUGCCAAUCCGUCGUUACUAUAUUCUACCUCGUCAUCGGCAUCGUGAUGUACUACUACUGCGGAUCCUACGUUUCCUCUCCCGCUCUUGGCUCUGCUGGUCCAGUCGUCAAGAAAGUCAGCUAUGGAUUCGCCCUUCCCGGCCUGCUGGUCAGCACAUUACUGUUCAUCCAUAUCACCGGAAAAUACGUCUUCGUCCGCAUCCUCCAAGGCUCACGCCACUUAGCCGCCAACACCUUCACCCACUGGGCAGUCUGGCUCGGCUGCACCGUCACCACCGCCAUCGUCGCAUACGUCAUCGCCAGUGCCAUCCCAGUCUUCAGCGACCUUGUCUCCCUCGUCGGUGCCCUGCUCGGUACUCCCAUGUGCUUCCAGCCCAUGGGUGGCAUGUGGCUAUAUGACAACUGGCACAAGGGCCAGGACGGACGUCGCACCCCCAAGUGGAUCUUCAUGGUCUGCUGGUGCAUUUUCGUCAUCGUAGCUGGAUUCUUCUUGAUGGUUGCUGGAACCUAUGGGUCUGUCGUCAGCAUUAUCAACAGCUAUGCUGCAUCUGGAGGCUCGGCUGCCUGGUCUUGCGCCGAUAACUCCAUUUAG